AUCAGUCUGAAGAAGGGUUUCGGCCCGAAACGUUGCCUAUUUCCUUCGCUCCAUAGAUGCUGCUGCACCCGCUGAGUUUCUCCAGCUUUUUUGUGUAACCGUGUUGAAACCAGUAGAUGUGGAUACUCCUGUUAACGUUAAAGUUCGGAUCUUCAAUGAGAUCGCUUUGGCUAGUGAUUGUCGGCAAGAACACUUCUAAACCAUCGCGCACGGUGGCAUUGGAGGCACCGUUCAGAAGCAGCAGGAGGAAUUAGGCAUUAGUGAUCGCCAGUCACCGAUAGAGUUCUUAAAGCAUUUUCACAAAGGCUUCUGUAAUGGAAUGGAGAUACGGAUGAGAAGGGAGGAAUCCGCGGAAAGUCAGGCAUGGAAGUCGAGCCUGGGCCUGCAGGCCGCGGUGCUCCCAGCUACACUUCUUCAGGAGCCUGGCCGGCAGAGCCACGCAUGGUGGCAGGCAGUGAAUGCGGAGGAGGUGAGGGUCAGGACGGGUACAGCGGUGACAUGGAGGGAAGCAGCAACAGGAGCCCAGCAGCCGGACGGCGCCACUCUCCAGCUCCAAGCUCCCGAGCUCCUGCUACCCAACACCAGGCUGCUGCUACACAGCCUCCCCAAGCAACCGGACGGCGCCACUCUCCAGCUCCAAGCUCCCGAGCUCCUGCUACCCAACACCAGGCUGCUGCUACACAGCCUCCCCAAGCAAGUGGCCCUGCAACCUAUAGACCAAGUCAGGGAUCAACUCCCAGAUACCCCGAGCAGCAGCCAAGUAAGAGCGACCCCCCCCCCGUCCCUUCCCUCCCCCGCCCAUCCUUCCGCAUUCUCCCUAGUCUUCAUCUCGGUCCAUCGAUGGGCAGGGAAAAAAGAAAGACUUCCCUCUUGGGUGUUUUUUCUGUCUUUGACAGCGGUGGGCUCCCCGGCCCUGUCACAUUCCGUGCCCAGUCAGCCCCCCCCAACAGUCGACUUGGGAUACGUGGCAGCGAAGGAAGAGAGAGGCGUCAGGCAAUCCAGCCAGUUUGCUGCACCCAGCGGCAGCCCCCCACUGCCUCCCUCCCACCAACAGCAACAGCAGGAUGAAGAGGAUGAGGAGGCUUAUGAUUCGGAUGAACCCACGACACUGGGAACACUGGAGUUCAGUCUGACAUAUGACCAGGUCAACAACGCUCUGCACUGCACCAUCGUAAGAGCAAAGGUUGAGUAUGGUGCUGAAACGGAAGAGCGGGGCCGAAUCCUCAUCUCGCUCCUGUACAGCAGUCAGCAGGGCGGACUGAUCGUGGAAAUUAUACGCUGCGUUCAUUUGGCUGCCAUGGAUGCCAAUGGAUACUCUGACCCCUUUGUCAAAAUGUAUGCAAACCUCUCGCUGUUUGCUACUUGCUGACCCUUUAUCGUGUGGCAAAGAACCGUCUCUUUCAAAACAGGGUGGCUGGUUUCUUGUGUAGAAAGGAACUGCAGAUGCUGGUUUAUACUGAAGAUAAACACAAAGUGCAACACAGUAACUCAGCGGGUCAGGUAGCAUCUCUGGAGAUAAAGGAUGGGUGAUAUUUCAAGGGACCCGACCAGAAAUGUCACCCAUCCUUUUUCUCCAGAUAUGGUGCUGGACACACAGAUUUAUUGCAACAAUUUGUGUGUGGUUUCUUCCCUGUUCUGCUGACAAACAUCAAUUUAGUUUAGUUUACUAAACCGAGGCCUCAGCUCCCAAAGUGUCUUGUUUUGCUCCCUUAGACUGCUGAAUUUUCUCCCAGGAAUGCUGGUUCUGCUUCCUCAAAGCGCCAGAUUUGCUCUCUCAAAGCAUUGAUAUUGCUUUCAUGGAGAGUUGUUCUAUGCAACGAUAUGAGAAAAAUAUUUGAUAUAUGCAGCAAACAGGCACAGUGGUAGAGUCGCUCCCUUACUGCGCCAGUGACCCAGGUUCGAUCUUGACAAUGCGUAGUGUCUGUACGGAGUUUGUACGCUCCCUCUGUGACCGCGCAGCGACCACGUGCUCCGCUUUCCUACCACAUCCCAAAAACACGCAGGUUUGUAGGUUAAUUAGCUUCUGAAAAUUGCACCUGGUGUAUAAGACAAAGUUCGUCUACUAGUAAUCAGUGGUCGGCACGGAAUCUGUGGGUCAAAGGGCCUGUUUCCACCCUGUAUGGCAUAAGCUAAAACUAAACACGUUCCAAAAACGCGCUUAUUUGUAGAUUAAUUGGCUUCUGUAAAUUGCCCCUAGUGUAUAGGAUAUGAAAGUGGAAUAACAUAGAACAAGUGUAUGGGUGAUCAAUGGUCGGUUUCACCUCGAUGGGCGAAGAGCCUGUUUCCACACUGUAUCUCUAACCUAAACUAAUAUGAAAAACAAUUAUAUAUUAACCUCUAUCUUUUACCUGGGAAUCUCUUCCAUUGACAGGAUUUAUUUCAUGACAAGUGGUAUUCAUUUGGUGUUCAUUUACCAUCAUGUUCCAUUUCUCUAUUGCUAUCGGACUGUUGGGUAAAUAGUGAUGACUGUCUGCAGUGAACAAGGCAGCUGAGCAGAAAAUGUUUACAUCACGGUUACUUGCAAGGUUUAUCCUCAGUCUCUCAUUUUAGUUGAAUUGUUCACGCCGUUCAGCUUUCCUUUUUUUUCCUUAACCAGGAACUUUUAU